AUGGGAAAAGCAACAGCAGGGGAAGAGGGGGACAGGCAACAGCAGGGAAGAGAGCAGGGGGAGGAGGAGGAGGAGGAGGAGGAGGAGGAGGAGGAGGAGGAGGAGGAGGAGGAGGAGGAGGAGGAUGAGGAGGAGGAGGAGGAGGAAAGGGAUGGAGAACAAUGGAGCAUAUGGAUCCCCACCUCACGAAAUGACAGCAGAGAAACGAUCGACUAA